AUGACUUGUUCAAAAACCCGUCCCAUCCAGAAGUUCGCCAAGGCGGUGUCUCAGUGCUCGGCCGAGGCUGCGGUGUACGGCAAGUGCAUUGUAGCCGACUACAACUCUAUCCACAAGGACAAGUGUGCCAAGGAGUUUAUGAAGCUUAAGGACUGUUAUUUGGCGGCCUCGAGAAAAUAG